CACCAACACACACAGUCGCAAAUGUAAGCUAUGGACGCAAGAUCUCUGGGACCCGAGUUUAUAAGAACUGACCAAGUGACUGAUCUCUGGUCAUUCCUGCAGACCACAGCUGUUCGUGUGCCGUUACCAAACAAAUUUAUUACCAUCAGGAAUAAUAUUGACUGGAGUGAAGGAUGGUUGGUUGGGCUUGUUGUAUUCCACAUUUUUCUCACUACAUUCACAGUAAUGACUCGUAAUCAUCAUACCACACAAGCUGUCCUUUUCUUCCUACUGCUCCUGACAGUUCGCUCCUCAGAGACCAUAAAUCAAUAUGCAGCUAAGAACUGGCAGUCGUUCAGUCGGCAGCAGUACUUUGACUCCCAGGGAUUGUUCAUCAGUGUUGUUUUCUCAAUGCCUGUGCUCUUCAAUUGCAUGAUGAUGGUGGGUCUGUCCUGUAGAUCUGUGGCUUUGAAACCAGGGUCGAAGCUGUAGAUCUACUCCAAAAUUCUAGCUGCUUCAAAUUUAGAGUGAUAAGGCUGGUAGGCCUACAUCUAAGAGAAUGGGUCUGCAUGAUCACUGUGUGCGGUAAACAAAAUACCAGGGCACCCGCAUUGCACUGUGGGAACGCCAUCUCAAUAUGCUUUGUUCAUCAUGCCUGGUGGCAAGGAGGCUCUCACUCCCCAGUGAUUUCUGACUCUCCUCUUCCCAAGUUAUAGCUCUAACACUGAUGGAAGUGGAUCUGAAGAGGAAUUCUAUGGUUUUGAACCAUAUGGUGCAAUGGUAACAUAUUGUACAAUGGUACCAUAUGGUACAGUGUACCAUAUGGUACUGUGUAUCAUAUGGUAUAUUGUACCAUAUGGUACAUUGUACCAUAUGGUAUGGGGUACAGGGACCCUAAUGUAAAUAAGUCACUUUGUCUGACUUUUUUGGGUUAUCCUAGGUUCUCUACACAUAUGCUGCUAUGUAUGAUAAUCUGUGUAACUGUAUUUGUGUAUACUACCUGAAUAAACUUAGGACACCACAUGCGCUUGAGUAAGUUUAUUCAGGUAUACACAGAUACAGUUACAUGGAUCAUCAUACAUAGCAGCAUAUGUGUAAAGAUCCUAGGAUAACCCAAAAAAGCCAGUGACUUAUUUCCACUGAGGUCCCUGUAUUUGUACCAUAUGGUACUCUGUAUAUGGUACUUGCAUAUGGUACUCUGUACCAUAUGCAAUUCCAAGGGGAUUGAGUACAUCCUGUGGCCCUACACUUGGAAUAGACAGUGAAAGUGACAAUGUGGCUACAGUUAGGAUGGAUAGACCGCAUGCAUCAGUAGUUGGUAGUGGUGGUGGUUCCACCAGAAUGCGUGUGUGCAGCAUGCAGCACCAGCCCAGACUGGAAGUGAGUCUGGGACCCAAGCCGCUGACUCAGCAGUUCCAGGACAAAGUGCAUCGUCACCCACCAGUGGAAGUAAAAGACUGUGGCUGAAAUGUAUUUGUUUUUGGCAACAAUAAUGCUUGUACCUCAUGUCAUGUCAUACUAGUCCACAGAUGAGUAAGACACCACUGUGCAUGGCACCUUUUU